UAGGCUCGCGUGGGCGGGGCCUGCUGAGAAGGUCGAUGCAGCACCAGCAGGAGGAGGAGGAGGAGGAGGAAGGCUAAGCGGGGGGAAGCAGGCGCCGUCGCGCAGGCCGGAGUCGCACCGGUGCAGCGGCCUCCAUCCCUCGGACAUGCGGUGGUGGUGGGGGUUUGCCAGGUCUGCGGGCCCCCACAGCUCCCCGAAUGCUCCGCCAUGCUUUGCCUGCUGCGCCUCUGGGCCCUGGGCAAGGGGAGCACUGGCCCCCGCAAGCCUUGGGUUGGGAUGCUCCCGGCCCACUGCUGCACGGAGAGGACCACGCCACCACCAGCCCCACGGCUGCCUCCAGGGCCCAGCAGGGAUUCCCCGUUGCAGAGCCCUCAGCAGGAGGCGCGCUGGACGGCCCCCCACCCCCAGACCUCCAUCAGCAGGGAGCGGCUGUCCCACAACACCUUCUUCACCAUGAAGCGGCUGCUGGAACGCUCCCGGAGCGUGGGUGAGGUGCUGCGCUGGCUCUCGCAGAACCCGGGCAAGGUAUCGGCUGGCCACUAUGCCAUCGCCUUGCACUGCCUGGGCCGCUUGCUCCCCCAGGGCGGAGGCAGCCCCCGGCCCGCACCCCUCCUGGAGCAGCCUGACUUCCAGGGCCUGAGCCGGGCCGUCGCCAGGGGCUGCACCACCUUCGAGGACACACCCCUGGUCCGCUGCCUCCAAGCCGCUGCUGCACUGGGCCUGCCUGGCGACUGCCCCCUGGUGCAGGCCCUGGAAGAGGAGGCCCAGCGGCGACUGGGCCACUUCAGCCGGAAGGACGUCUCGGUGGUGCUCAGCAGCGCCAUGCGCCUGCACCCAGCCGCCCCGACCCCCCUGGUGCAGCACUGCCUGGGCCGGCUGGAGCGCCAGCUGGGGCAGGAGCGGCGCCCCCAGACGCUCUUCCUGCUGCUGUCCUACUACCGCCUGCGCGCCACGGACCGGCCAGGCGCCCAGCAGCAGGCCGUGAGCAAGCGCCAGGCCCUCCGCCUGGUGUGCCACGUGCUGGGGCAGCUGGAGGCCGCACGUGAGCAUGAGCUGGGACUGAUCGACGACACGCUAGCCCUGUGCGGCCAGGAGGCCAGCAACAAGGCCCUGGAGGCCAUCUUCAGCGCCCCCCUCUUCUACAAGAACCGCCAGGAGCGCUUUGUCCGCAGCAUGGCAGACUGGUUCCCCGGCAGAGCAGAUGGCCUGCCCCCUCUCACCAUGGCCCUGGUAGCCAAGUACCUGGCCCGGCACCGCCUGCGGGAGCCCCCGUUGCUGGACAGCAUCUCCCACUUCUUGCUCAAAAGGAUGGACCAGUUGGACAGCAAGGUGAUCCAGAGGCUGGUCUUCCCCUUCAGCCGCCUGAACUACCGGCCGCCCAACCACCCGGAGCUCUUUCCCCUGCUGGAGUCGGUGCUGGAGCGGAGGGCCGGCGCCUCGCCCCUGGCCGCCCUCAACAUCCUGAUGUCCCUCUUCCAGCUGCGGCACUUCCCUGCGGCCGCCCUGCGUCAGGUCUUCUCCCCCGCCUUCCUUGGCAACGUCACCAGCAUCCCUUGUGGGCUGAUCGUCCGCCGCUACCUCUCGCUGCUGGACGUGGCCGUGGCCCUGGAGCUCCCCCAGUACGAGGGCCCCCGCCUUGACCCCCGCUACCGCGUGCGCGUCUUUGACAGGGCCCUGACGGCGGAUGAGGCCAACCGCAAGUACAGCUACAAAGGCCUGGUGGGAGAAGCUCUCCGGCAACUUGUGGGCAGAGAGUGUUUCCGGCAGGAUGAGGUGCUGCCCCCAGGAUAUUGCAUCGAUUUCCUGCUCUGGAUCAGCCCUUCGGGCCCUGGGUUCCCACGCGGAUGUGUCCCAGGCUCUUCCGAGGCCAUCACCACCACCAGCGUCUCCACCGCCAUGCAGACCUUCCCCUCAGAACUGCAAAAGGGGCCUCCCUGCAGCCCGGAGCCAGGGGCCGUUCCCAUCCGGAGGGAGAGCCUGGGCCCGCUGCCCCCCACAGACCGCCAUGGCAGCCCGAGCACAAGCACGUUCUCGCUGAGCAGGCCCACUUCUCCGGAGCGCUCCCCACGCAGGGGCUGCAGCACAGCUGGCAACGUGACCCCCGCCCACUGCCCCAGCCAGGAGGCGGGCCGGCUCCUUCCAGGCCCCCCGAUCUCCCUGCCCCUGUCCAGAGUGGAGGGAGCAGCCCACGACGGGCCACAGGAGGCCCAGGGCGUCCACAGGGUGGUGCUGUCCGUCAACGACAAAUGGCACUACUGCCAGAACUCGUCCAUCCUGGUGGGCUCUCGGGCCAUGCGCCACCGGCAUCUCCGCCUGCUGGGCUACCACCUGGUGCAGCUGCCCUACGUGGAGCUGGAGAAUGUGAGCGGCGUCGAGGAGGCCAAGCAGUACCUGUGCCGGAAGCUGAGGGAGCUGCAGUUCUGAGCGGGCGUGGGGGUCUGGCUCACCAGGGUGAACCAUGUCCUGGGGAAAAGGAACGCUUGGCUGGCUGAGCCCAGGGGCACCCUCAGCUCUGCACGGCGGAGCCCUUUCCUCCCCUCUCCACAUCGUAGGGGCUGCAAGUUCGGGCCCAACUGGGAUAAGGAAGGAUAAAGAGACUUUGCAAUAAACGGGUUUCUAGCCACCCGCAGGCUUCCUCUGCCCCUGUGCACGGCCAGCCGGCCUCCGCGCCAAUCCUCCUGGCUCCGGCUGCCCCCAGGAAGCCCCAGCAGUGCGCAGCGGCGUCUUUCUUCAGCCUGCCUCCGCCUCUCUGAUCUGGCUCGGUGCCAGCAGGUGGGCAGCCGGGGCACACAGAGGCCCAGCCCUGCCCACUUCUCUCCUUGGCCCCCCACAGCAGGGCACCUGGCAGGGACAGAAAACACCCAACUCUGAUUUGUAAUAAAGCCAUUUAUUGACAUGUUAAAUUAACCUCUUAAAUAAAAUCAUGUCAUCCGGUGA